CGGUUCGGUGUUGCCAGUGCAAUCGUGAGAACGGGUCGUGUUGAUUUCAGAAGUCAUCAUGGCGCUCACUCCCCCAGUCAAAGAGCACCCCUAUAGCCAUCUGAUUGACACAGUAAAAGAUGGCACUAUCAAGUUCUUCAAUCCACAGAAACUAAAUGAUCCCAGAUACGACAAGCUGCCUCUAUCCAUUCGUGUCAUGCUGGAGGCCACAAUUCGCAAUUGUGAUGGAGUUUACACUAAAGAGGAAGAUGUCCAGAAUAUCCUGGACUGGCAGCAACAGCAGAACAAAGCCGAGGUGCCAUUCUCUCCAGCGCGAGUCCUUCUUCAGGACUUCACUGGCAUUCCUGCCAUGGUGGAUCUGGCAGCCAUGAGGGACGCUGUGGCCAAACAUGGCGUGGACCCCAGCCUGGUCAACCCAAAAUGCCCGACAGACCUCAUCGUAGACCACUCGUUACAAAUUGAUUUCAGCAAAUGUGCCAUACAGAAUGCUCCAAACCCAGGGGGAGGGGAUGGUGCUCACCACAGCCAGGGUCCUUCUAGGUCCACUCCCUCCAGGCCUCCGUCCAAAGGGGGUUCACACUGUGGAGGCCAGCGGGGCUCCUGUAGUAAAUCUGCCUGCAGUGACCCUCCAGCGUCCCCAGGGAGACCACCAGCCUCUGUCCAGCAGAUUGAGAACACACCUCUCCUCUGCCCUUUCCACCUGAAGCCCGUCUCUGAAACUGAAACAGCCCUGAAGAAUCAGGAAAUGGAACUGAUCAGAAAUAAAGAAAGGCUUCAGUUUUUUAAGUGGUGUUCAAAAGCGUUCAAGAAUGUGAAUGUGGUUCCUCCGGACGUUGGAGCAGUCCACCAGGUCAAUCUGGAGUAUCUGUCCCGCGUGGUCCAGCUCAGCGAUGGGUUCAUCUACCCUGACAGCGUGGUGGGAACAGAUUCACACACCACGAUGAUCAACGGCCUCGGCAUCCUGGGCUGGGGUGUCGGUGGAAUUGAGUCGGAGGCUGUGAUGCUGGGUCAGCCCGUGUCCUUAACUCUUCCACAGGUGGUCGGCUGUAAACUGGUGGGCUCCAUCAACCCCCUGACCACCUCCAUAGACAUAGUACUUGGCAUCACAAAGCAUUUACGGCAGGCUGGGAUUGCUGGGAAGUUCGUAGAGUUUUUUGGACCUGGUGUGUCUCAGCUCUCAGCUCCUGACAGAACCACCAUCGCCAACAUGUGUCCAGAGUACAACGCUACUGUCAGCUUCUUUCCUGUCGACCAAGUCACACUCAAGCACUUUAAAAAGACAAACUUUACCCAAGAAAAACUUGAAUUGUUGGAGUCUUACAUGAAGGCUGUAAAACUCUUCAGAAGCUAUGAGGACCCCUCAGAGGACCCAGAAUAUUCGGAGGUGAUUGAGAUCAACCUGAGCUCCAUGGUUCCUUAUGUGAGCGGACCAAAAAGGCCCCAGGACAGAGUUGCAGUCGGUGACAUGAAAGAAGAUUUCCAGAGCUGUCUUGAUGAGAAGGUGGGCUUCAAAGGUUUUCAUAUCUCUAAGGAGAAGCAGGAAAUCAGGGUUCCGUUCCUGCACUGUGGUCAGGAGUACCAGCUGGCCCACGGCUCGGUGGUAAUCGCUGCAGUUAUCAGCUGCACCAACAACUGCAAUCCGUCUGUCAUGCUGACUGCAGGUCUGCUGGCCAAAAAAGCCGUGGAGGCGGGCCUUGUCGUCAAGCCUUACAUCCGGACCAGCCUGGCACCUGGUAGUGGCAUGGUCACUCACUACCUCAGUACCAGUGGAGUCCUGCCUUACUUUAACCAGCUGGGGUUUGAAGUGAUAGGUUAUGGCUGUGCCACCUGUGUAGGAAACACAGCACCCUUACCAGAGGCUGUCGUCGAUGCAAUCAAACAGGGGGACCUGGUGGCCUGUGGUGUGUUAUCAGGAAACAGGCAUUUCGAAGGCCGCCUCUGCGACUGCGUGCGGGCAAACUACCUGGCCUCCCCUCCCCUGGUGGUGGCUUAUGCUAUUGCGGGCACUGUGGGAAUCGACUUUGAGAAAGAGCCUUUAGGUGUGACGUCGGAGGGGAAGGAGGUGUUCCUUCGAGACAUUUGGCCGUCCAGGGAGGAAGUCCAGCAGACGGAGGAGGACACAGUUAUCUCCUCCAUUUUUAAGGAGCUCAGGGGAAGGAUGAAGAAAGGGAACACGUUUUGGAGCAACAUUGAAUGUUCAGAUUCAGUGGUUUUCCCCUGGGAUCCUAAGUCCACAUAUAUCCGUUCACCAUCGUUCUUCAGCAGAUUGAGUAAGGAGCUACCGCAGCCUCAGUCGAUAGAGAACGCUCAUGCCUUACUGUUCCUCGGGGACAAAGUGACCACGGACCACAUUUCACCAGCAGGCAGCAUCGCUCGGGUCAGCGCUGCCGCCAAGUACCUGCUGAGCAAACGGCUGACACCACGGGAGUUUAACUCGUACGGCGCUCGCAGAGGAAAUGAUGCAGUGAUGACAAGAGGCACGUUCGCCAGCAUCAAACUCUGCAAUCGAUUCAUGGGGAAACCAGGCCCCAAGACUUUGCACAUUCCUUCAGGCCAGACGAUGGAUGUUUUUGAGGCAGCUGAGCGUUACCAGAGAGACGGCAUUCCCCUCAUCAUCCUGGCAGGCAAAGACUACGGCUCUGGGAACUCUAGGGACUGGGUAGCCAAAGGACCAUACCUGAUGGGAGUACGUGCAGUCAUCGCAGAGAGCUUUGAGAAGCUGCACAAGAACCAGCUGGUGGGGAUGGGCAUCAUGCCGCUGCAGUUCCUCCCGGGCCAGAACGCCGACUCUCUGGAGCUCAACGGGAAAGAGAGGUUCACCAUUAGCCUCCCAGACACCCUGAGUCCCAGGCAGCAGCUCAGUGUCCAGACCAGCCAAGGAAACUCUUUCGCCGUCACAGCUCUGUUCGACAGUGACAUGGAGGUUUUAUUUUUCCGACAUGGAGGUCUCCUCAGAUACGUGGCUCGGACGUUGCUCUGAACAGACCCGCGGCUGGGUUCCUGAGCAGCACCUUUCGUUUCAUUUCAUUCACCAGUUUGUGUUCAGCUUGGGUGAAAUCUAGUUCAGCGUAAAGGCUUCGUACAUUGGAGCUGGACCAGCAUCUCCAGACUCCGUUCGCCUGUUGAGAGACAUGAAUGCGAGCUUUCAGACCUGAUUCAGAGGCGUUUCUCCACAUGGACACACAGCCGCUCCUGCAUGCCGCCAUUUGUCCACAACAAGUCAAAGAAAACCCACGAGGAGCUGCUUCAGAUUCAUUUCAGUAGCAGAUUGGAAACAACAAGGCCAGUUUUUUUUUUCUUUUUCUACCGUUGGAGACGUAACUGCAGAGCGAUAAGGACAUUACGAAGAAGCCGCCGUCACUCCUUCAUCAGACUCAGAAAAACAAUCCUGCCUGGAAAGGCUCUGUCGGUGCUAGGUACUACAGCGUUGUUUGUUGGGGUGCAGUUAAACCCAUUUUUCCCGAUAAUUCAUCACUUGUAGGAGAUCUCAAAGAAGCGCAGCAUUGAAAUUGAUGUCAGCUCAAAAAUGUAUUGUAAAUCACAGUUCUGAUGAUAUUUCUGAAUUUUAUGCUUUUUUUUUAUUUAAUUAAAACAAAAAGUACAGUUGCCUUGUAACACACACAGACUUUACAAUGUGUAAACGUGAAGAUCGUACUGUUUCCUGCAUAAACACAGCUCCUACGAUAACUGACAAACAUGACAAAUGUAGAAUAACGUCUGCAUUAAAACACAGUGUGACGAUAAUACAGGUCAAGAAUUGACACUUGCUAAUAUAAUAAAUUGCCAAAACGUCUCAUGAAUUUGAGAACUGCAUUAUUUCCUCCCCUCUCUCUAAAAUGACACUGUAGCAGACGUUGAAUUUGUGUGAAAUAUAACCGGUGUUGGUAUUCGGUUACCCAAGUAACGCAUCGUAAAGAUUGAAGUUUUCCAUUGUUACAUAAACUGGUGCUGAAGUCAGUGGUAGUUAAAGUGAUGUUGGCUCUUCAUACUUGUCUUGUUUAGAGUUUUAAGUCCACUUUUGUGGGAUUCCACCACUGAACGGCCUCUGCCUGCAUACCCCCCCCUUUCCCCUCAGUGUUUAUCUCCAACAGCUGUUUCCAGUUGAACUCAGCCUUCUUAUAUUUAUCAAACAUCUGUUUUAUUUACACAGCGCUAGCUCAUAACAACAAAACAUAACUCAGGGCACUUCACGUUAAUGUCGUAUUCCAGUCAGUUGAGAGAAAACUGACAGAA